GAUAACACUCGACGGACGGGACUCGGCAAGGUUUAUAGACAAUAUUUAAUAUUUUAUAGAUAUUAUCUAUAAGCCUUGGGUACUCAGUAAUAAAACAAUUGUUUAUCAUUAUCAUACAAUCAACUGAAGUCUGUAUUGCUUAAACUAAAAUAUCUAUGGUUCUAUGGUAUAAGUUAUAUUUUCAUAACUUGUUACAUAUAUUUAACUUAGGUUGAAGUCAGAGUUCAAACGUACUCUAAGUUAACUUCAUAAUCUAUAAAUCUCGUUGUCAUAGUAAGAAGUAAUUGUGUUUUGAUUAUCAUGCAAAUACGUUGUUGGGAAUAUGCCAACUGAAGUCAUCGUACAGAAUUUGUACAUUUUUAACUCAAAAUUAUCAAAAACAGAAGAAGAUGUAAGUUUACUAGUACCAAAUAUCGUAGAGUUAAAAACUAUUAGAUAAUUUACCUGUGCUUUUUUUUGAAAAACAAUUGUCUGUGCAGUACCUAAAUCUUUACAAAACUUCAUUGAACAAAUAUCACAUUAUAGCAUAUAGGUAUUAAUGUAAUAUAGAUGAUAUCUAUUUCAAAGAGGUCAUUUAAAUUUCUGAAUGUUGCAAACAAUUUAAAUUUAAAAAAAUACUAACAAGAGGCUAAUUUAGGGAUCUACUAAAACUUAAAUUCAUUUUUAAGUGCAAUAAUCUCUCAUUUUUUGAAUCUCAAUGUAGUUAUAAUAUAUUCUGUAAUAUAAUCUUACUUAUGUAGAACGGUAUCCGUAAUUCAAACUGACUUCUGUAAUUUAUGAUUGUAAAAUUGAGUGCAAACUUGUGGACAGUUCUUCUUAUAAUUAUUUAUUGUUUAUAAUAAAUAAAUAAAUUUGCUUGCUAAUAUUUAUUCAUGACAACCAAAUCAUAGUUUAUACUCUUAUAAUAUGUGUGUAUUGAUUUUUUCAGGGAGCCAACAAAAUAUUAUUUUACUAUCCAGCAUAUGAGGAUGAAAAUAAAAAAGUGCUAAAUGUUGGUCACAUCGAGGCUGUAAUUUAUUUCACUACGUAUGACCAAAACUCAAAUAAUAUCUAACUACAAUAUAUUAUUCUAUUUAAUUUAUAAAAAAAUAUUUCAGGAAUUUUAAUAAGAAUCAAUCUUGUGAAUCAUUGCGCACUGAGAAAACAUUGCAAGUGUUGUAUAAUCCAGAACCAGAUUUUUGGAUUAUUAUUGUAAUAUAAUACUUACCAUUAAUAUUAAUAUAUUAAAUGUGAAAUAUAUUCCAAAUACUGUUAGUUAUUGUUACAUUCUAUUUAGCAGACUCUGUCAGCACAAUGUAAAACUAAACAAAAUCUUUCUGCAUCGUCCGAUGAACCUGUAUAUUGUACUUAUAAUCUUCAAGAACCAAUCUACUUGGCCAUCUUGAAACAUUGGUACCAUACUUUUCAAAUGACUGUGGGUAAUAUGACUAAGCUUAUGAUCGAGAAUGAUGCAGAUCACCUUAGAGUUAUGCUUAACAAAUUUUAUAACAAGGUUAGUUGUAUAAAUUUAUAGUUCUAUGUUUUUAUAUGUAUAUUGUAUAUACAGUGAAACUUCCAUAUAACAAAGUCUCUUGGGGAACAAAAAAAAAUUGUAAUAUAGAGGAAUUUGUUUAUUUAACAAAUUCCUCUAUUUACAAUUACAUAUUUUAUUUACAAUGAAGGUCAUGGUUCGCAAAAAUUAAUUGUUCAACAGAAAAUGUCAUUAAAUAGAAGUACAUUAUAUGGAAAUUUCACUGUAAUAUUUCUUUUGGCAUAUAUAUGAUAACAUUUUAGGUAGUAAGUUAUUAUAAUACAAUAUAGUUUAAUAACUUUUAUUGUAUAUUCUUUAGUAUUUACAAAGUACUGAUGUAUCAAGUCAAACAUUUAUGGAUAUGUUUCAAGGCAUUAGUUUCCUUCCUUUAGAAAAUGUUAUUCAUUUGUAUGCUCAAAGUUUCCUGAAUGCUAUUGAAAAUACAUUCCAACAAGUUGAUUUUUCAAUGUUACUUUACAAUGAUUCAUUAGUUUGGUAAAUAUUAUUUUUUAUCAGAUUAGUUAACUAUUAUUUUUAUGUUGUCUAAUACUUUAUUUUGCAACUAUAUUAUUAAUUACUUCAUAUUAAACAGGAAUUUAAUUUUAAAAAAAAAUUGAGAUAUGAUUUAAGAAGUACUUAUAAAUAAAAAUUGACUUUUCAAAAAACUCACUAAUUUUUUAAAUAUGAAAAAAACAAAUGCUUGAACAGUUUUAAUUUGGAUAAAAAUGCUUUGUAUUACAUUUCAUGAAAAGUUCGAUUACAUUAUGUGGAGUACAACAAAUACAUUCAUUUUUUGCUCCGAGUAUUGGGUAUAUUUACAAUAUACACACAAAUUAGAGUAGAGGUCGCCAACCAGUCUAUUGUAAUCAACUGGUUGAUCUUUCUAAAAAUAUAGGUCAAUCGCAAUAAAAAUGAAUUUCACCAUUAUUGAUCAAUUGCAUAAUAAACAAUCUGAUAAUAAUAUAUCAUUAUUGUAAUCUUAUAUUCAAUUAUUGCUAUACUAUACUUUAGGAGUAUAAAAAUUAGUUUUCCAUUGUCAGUCAAUUAUGUUAGAAUAGUUUAUUAUUGUCUGUUAUAACUCAAUUGUCAUUGACUCACGUGCAACAGUCUGUAUAUUCUGUAUAUUCUUAUUAAUUUAUUUAGAACUGUAAAUUUAUACAACAAUAAAAUGAGUGUAAACAAAUAGUGUAAAACUUAUCAGUUUAAUCAAGAAUGAGAAUUUGAGUUUCUUUUUCAUCAAUAUUUAUAUAUUUAUUUAUUUUCAAAUUAAACCAAUUGGAAAUAAUUGUAUAAAUGUUGCCUUAAGGCGUCAUGCGCACAUGGGGAACAAAUGAAAUGACACUGUAAGGCGUUAUCUACAGCGAACGUGUUAAGGAAGAAUUUUCAAAAAUAUUAUUGAUAACUGUGAGAAUUAGAGGAGAAGAUAUUUAUAAUAAUAAUUGUUUGAAAAAAAAGAAAGUCCAAUUGAUAAGUUAGCUAGUAUCCCAAUUAAUUGAUGGAACCCUAGUAUUUUGUAAAAUAAAGACCUAAGGGUUUUUAUCAUAAUACUUUGUUUCUUAAAUUUUUUAAUAUCAUUGUAUAUGCUUGUUGAUGAAUUCAUCAAGAAUUAUAAGACUAAAGUAGAUUAUCUGCUACUUACUACGUUACUUUACACUACACUAACUAUUGCUGCAACUACCUCAUUCACUGUAUCAUGCGUUUAGCAAAUGAGAACCUCUCUAGCCUGUAAUACUUUUAUAUUAUUAUGUCUUAAUAUAAUUUUAAACUUUUUCAUGUUUGUACCCUGGGUAUCCGCUAGUGUUAUAAAUAAAAUUGAGAAUUUCUUCGAUUUGAAUUAAAUAAUUUAGGAAAAGAAAAUUAUAACAUUGAAUAAUGAUUUAGUACUUAAGAUUACCUUGGAAUUUUGGAAGCAUGCAAGCACUCAAAUCUACAAUGCAUUACACUUUGUCUAACUUCAUUUUUUGGUUUAACUUGUUUAUGUGAGUCAACAUUUUUGAGGAUGAAAAGUUGUAAAAAAAAUAUUGAUUAUAAAUGACAAACAAAAAUAAUGUAUAAUACAAUUUUUAAAUUCCAAGUGUAGUGAGGGACCUAUUGGUUUUACAAUGCUGUUUAUUUUUUUUUUUUUUUUUUUUUUUUUUUGUCUUUGUUCUAGUCUGUGGACACGUUUUUUUCAAGUAAACUUGCUCCAAUUUUUAAGUGUAGCAACUUUUCUAAAAGCUCAAGUUGUUUAGAUUGUACCUUAAAGAGGUCAUUUUUUGAUUUACGACUUCAUUUUUUUUAAAUAAAAGCAUUUAAGUGAGAAAAAACUUAAAAAAAUGUACAAUUUCAGGAUUUAAUUAUUUUAAAACACAUGGACGACAAUUUUUACUAGAAAAAAUGAUUUAAUCAAAAAAUCACAAAACAUAUUUUUUGUUGCUUUUUUGAUUUAUUUUCUUACGGGAUCAUCAUCAAAACUUUUGAUCCUUGUUUUGAGCUUUUUAGGAAUUUUAUUUUUUGGGAGUUUUUUUGCUGUAAUUCUGUUAUAAAUACAUAUACAGACUUGAAACUUGGUAAUAAUACUUUUAUUGGACUUACACCUAGAGGUGGUAAAAUUUCUAAAAUCAUCGAACAUCUUUUUUUUUUUCAUACUUGUUUUGAAAUCAAAUUUAAAUGAAUAUCGCAAAAAAAAUUACGGAACUUCAAAUUAUGUAUUACCAUACUGCACUCGGAAUCAUCUUUCGUCAAGCAAUGGUUUAUCGUUGCUUAAAGAUAUAAAUGAAAUAAUCUUACGUAUCCUACCUUUCCAAUUUAUCACCUAUAACAGUGGCCCCUCCUAGUAUCCCCAGUAUCAGCUCUUUUUUAGUUUUGAUCAGAAUUAUAUUGUUGGUAAUGACUUGGAUGAACUAUGGUUAACCUUCCGGCUGACACACUAUUAUCUGUAGCAAGAGAAGUCCAAGGUUUAACAUUUUACAACAGUUCUAAGUGUUGUAAUAAUUAUACAUCUAUUAAAUAUUGAAAUAUUUUCUGUAUCAUAAACCUUAAUAAUUAAUUAAUACAGACAAUAAUAAAAUAAAGCAAAACAUUUUUUUAUUUUAAAAAUUAAAUGAAUAACAUUCAAUUGAAAAUUGAAUUGUUAUUGUUAUUACCAUUAUUAGAACAAUGUUUUCAAAUAAUCAUUUUUAGAUUCUGAACAGAACAAGAAAUGUUUUGGUUUUACAAUGUGUAUUUAUCCCGUGUACAACUUUUCUAUUAGCAAUUUUGUUCUAAUUUGUUCCUCGUUUUGUAGUAGUUGUAAAUACGUCUGAUGUAUUCACGAGAGAAUAUUUUAUAUUUAAACCUCAGUACACCCAAAAAUUAUAAUAUUCAUAUUAUUCAUAUUGUCUAUUAUAAAAUCAGAUACCAUUUUUUUGAAUAUUUAAUUUUACAAUUUUCAUGAAAAAUGUAUGUGUGCAGGAGUGGUCUUAAUAAACGUCAAACCCAACUUGUAUAUUCCUAUAUUUUAAUGUGGGUUUUACCAGAAAUUAUAAGAGAUGAAAAUGUAGUUAAAGGAAAUUCAGUUCAAAAACUUUUACCCAAUCAAUUAGUUGGAAGGUAUGUAUUAUAAUUAAUAUUAUUAUAUUUGUAUGAUUACAUUAUAUAAUCUCAUAAAUCAGUCACUGUAACAGGAUUAUUUUAAUAGAUUUAUAACCAAUAUUUGGGCCAUAAAAACAGAUAGUUGGAGCUGCGAUUUAGGAAAAGUCCCUGUUUUAUGGUUACGGAAUAACAAUGAUGAUACGUUUAAAAGCUAUAGGUUAGUCAUAUAUAAAGCUCAUCACUCUAUUUUGUGUAUGUUUAUUAAAAGUAAGUGUUAUAGACUAUAAUUUCUAUUUGUAAAAUCAUAUAUUAUUGACAAUUAUUUUAAAUAAAAAUUGGUUUUAGUGGAUAACCCCCUUACAGCAGAUUUGUACAAUAGUUUGGACCAGUUUCUAGGGACAAAAUUACAUUUAUUGUCAGAAAAGAUAAAAAAUUCAGUAGAAAAGUCUUUAUCUUCUAAAUCAUAUACUGACAGACCUGCUAAAUUUGUAUAUUUUAAUGCUAUGAAUUUAGCUAUUAAAAAUUCAAUUAAGUCAUCACACACAACGAGUAUAACAAAUAAAUAUUCUGAAUUUAAUCUUAGUCCUGAAGCAUUGCGAAUUUUAGUUGAUAUUAGCAGCCAACAUUCUUGGUGCGUAUGUAUAGUAGAUCUAUUUAUAUUUUAUUAAUACAUUACCUACUUAUCUAUUUUAUUUCAGUUUACACCCAACAAGUUCUACUAUGAUAAAAACAUCUAAUGAUAAUUGGGUAGCUGGUAGAUUAUGCAAUUCUCGUGAAAUUUAUAUUGUGUUGAAUCAAAAAUUGACAAAGUUAUGUGAUGUCGAUUGUGAGUAUACACUAUAAUUAUUAACCAUUUUAUACAUUCAAAUAAUAAAACUAUGUUUAUUUAUUGUUUUAUUUAUAGUGGAAAUUCAAAAUCUUUGUACACAGGAACUCGGGACAAUAUUUUUUUAUGACUAAUAGCUAUAUUACAAUUGACUACAUUGAAUCAUUCAUUUCUGUAGUAUAAU